UAUAGUUUCCCUUUUUUCAUCAAAAGAUCCUCGAUGCGCCGGAGCUAUGGAGGGCAGAGUACAAGAGCUUCUCCUUCCCCGAGAGCCACCGGCUCCAGCCUUGGACAUUGCUGCCAUUGAAGACGAUGAGAGGCUCAAUGCCAUCGUUGGUGAUGGCCGCAGCACGCCACGCUUGGGCUUGUCCGAAGGCUCUCCGCAAGACGCGGCGCUGCACUCCGACGACUCGGCGCUGGCAUCAUUGAUGCCCCGAGAUGCGAGGAGUGAAAGUCAUCUAUUGAAGACCAGGUCCGGGGUGUUGGCGCGGCUCGGGGACGAUGUGAAGCUCAGCAAUUUGGUCGGACCUUCCCAGGCGGAGAAGGAUGACCUGGCACUGGUGGAGCCGUCCAGUCCGGAGCGCUACCGAAUCGGCAAAGCCUGCAAGGUCCAGAGCGUGACGCUACCGAAUCCGAAACUGCUCAUCACCACACGGGAAAUGGGAACUUUGCAUCCUGUCACCUCCUUCCUACGCUCGCUGCGCUCGCGUGGUGAUGGGCUGCGACAGCAGGUGGAACGACUGCUGAAGGAGAUGAAGGAGCAGAGUUUCGAGUUCAAUGUCUUUCAGUGCUCUGCUGCGAUGACAAGCUACAAGGAGGCCUCCAUGUGGUCGGAAGCCCUGCACCUGGCGCUGUCUAUCGGCGCUGUGCAACACACUGCGGUGAUUUCGAACGUGGCGCUGGGAUGUUGGGCGGCCGGAAGCUGCUGGAUGGAGGCUGUUGACUCGCUACAGCGCAGCAGAAACCUGGGGACCCCAGAUGUCGUCGCGGUGAACGCUGCUCUCAGUGCGUGUGCGAAAGCGACGGCAUGGCAG